AUGCGAUUAUAUUUGAUUUUACACUAUUUUUUUCCUUUUCCAAAACCAGACAUUAAAAUCAAAUUUGAUGAGGACUUCAACAUCAUCUGUUUGAUUCCUGGAUCCGUCAGUCCUGACACCACCUGUAACCUGUAUGUUGGAGAGGAGAGUCAGCCAUCCUUCACAGCAAAGAUCAAGAAGAGAAAAGCCACCUCAGCAUCCGGACAUGAGUUCUGUCAUUUCAUUGCAAAACAUAGUGAUCUGAUCAGUCGUCUUCAGUCAUCGAGGAGUAAGGAGGUGAGCUGUGACUACAGAGUGAGCUCAGGACCAAACUCUCUCUCCUCACGCAGUGAUGGGUACAGCUUUACACAAACCGUACUUGUCAAUAUGACUCCUCAUUCUACUGGAUCAACCGCUCCACUCAUCACAACCUCUGAGAUCUCUACAGGAAACACCACUGACCCCACACGGACUCCAAUGGGGAAAGAGCCACUUGAUUUCCUGUGGCGUCACAUCCUCACUGUGUUGGUCCUACUGGCUACUUGUGGAGUAAUUAUACACUAUUUCAUCUCCCAUCAAUGUCCAAAAGCUGUUCCAAAGAGAAGCAGGAGGGUGGACCAGAGAAAUGAAGACUUUUCGUUGACAGUGUGCUAAAUCACUGUGCAUACCUACAAACAUACAGGCAUGCACGCACACACACGCCACACACACACACACAAUUAUAUUUUUACAUUUAAAAAAAAAACGUACGCUUUAUGCAUCUUUGAGAUUUGUCAUUUUUCUUUGGAAAUUGAGUGCAUGAUAGCGUUGCUAGGCAAGUUGAAAACUUAAUGUACAUAGAGUACAUACAUACAUUGACUGUACAAAACAUUAAGAACACCCUCCCCCCAGUAUGAAGUAAGUUACUAACUAGUGUUAGGGGCAUGGACUCUACAAGGUGUUGAAAGCGUUCCACAGGGAUGCUGACUCCAAGGUUUCCCACAGUUGUUUCAAGUUGGAUGGAUUUCCUUUGGGUCGUGGACCAUUUUUAUACACACAGGAAACUGUUGAGAGUGAAAAACCCAGCAGCGCUGCAGUUCUUGACACAAACAGGUGUGCCUGUCACCUACUACCAUAAUCCGCUCAAAGGCAAGUAAAUGUUCUGUCUUUCCCAAUCAAUGUCUCAAUUGUCUCAAGGCUUAAAAAUCCUCUCCUCCCCUUCAUCCAUAAUGCUAGAAGUGGAUUUAACAAGUGACAUCAAUAAGGGAUCAUAGCUUUCACCUGAAUUCACCUGGUCAUUCCAUGUCAUGGAUAGAGUAGGUGUUCAUAAUGUUUUGUUUUGUACACUCUGUGUAUAUAUACAGACACAAACACGUUCGGAUGACUGACGUGCACAAAGUAAACUGCCGGUUACUCAGAGCCAGAAGCUAGGAUAUGCAUAUAUUGGUAGAAAACACUGACGUUUCUAAAACUGUUAAAAUUAUGUCUGUGAGUAUAACAGAACUGAUAUGGCAGAUUUUUUUUUUUGAGGUCACAGGCCAUUUCAAUGCUAGCCUAUGGGAUACACAAAUAGAUAGGACCCAGAUGGCAAUUCCUAUGGCUUCCAAUAGAUGUCAGUCUUUAGAAAUGGUUUCAGGCUUGUUUUUUGAAAAAUGAGCAAGUGGUUGUACUUUUUCCAAGAUGUCUUGUUGGCACGUGAAUGGGGUGCGCGCUCUUCGUUAUUUAUCUUCCCUACUGAACAUACAAUUCUCUGUCUUAAAUAUUACCGUUUAUUCAUCAGACCAGAGGACAUUUCUCCAAAAAGUAUGAUCUUUGUCCCCAUGUGCAGUUGCAAACCGUAGUCUGGCUUUUUUCAUGGCGGAUUUUGAGCAGUGGCUUCUUCCUUGCUGAGCAUCCUUUCAGGUUAUGUCGAUAUAUGACUCGUUUUACUGUGGAUACAGAUAGUUUUGUACCCAUUUCCACCAGCAUCUUCACAAGGUCCUCUGCUGUUGUUCUGGAAGUGAUUUGCACUUUUCUCACCAAAGUACAUUCAUCUCUAGGAGACAAAACGCAUCUCCUUCCUGAGAGGUAUGACGGCUGCGUGGUCCUAUGGUGUUUAUACUUGCAUACUAUUGUUUGUACCGAUGAACGUGGUACCUUCUGGGGUUUGGAAAUUUCUCCCAGGGAUGAACCAGACUUUUGGAGAUGUGCAAUUUAUUUUCUGAGUUCUUGGCUGAAUUCUUUUGAUUUUCCCAUGUUGUCAAGCAAAGAGGCACUGAGAUUGAAGUUAGGCCUUGAAAUACAUCCACAGGUACACCUCCAAUUGACUCAAAUAAUGUCAAUUAGCCUAUCAGAAGCUUCUAAAGCCAUGACAUCAUUUUCUGGAAUUUUCCAAGCUGUUUAAAGGCACAGUCAACUUAGUGUAGGUAAACUUCUGACCCACUGGAAUUGUGAUACAGUGAAUUAUAAGUGAAAUAAUCUGUCUGUAAACAAUUGUUGAAAAAUUACUUGUGUCAUGCAAAGUAGAUGUCCUAACCGACUAGCCAAAACUAUAGUUUGUUCACAAGAAAUUUGUGGUGUGGUUGAAAAGAGAGUUUUAAUGAUUCCAACCUAAGUGUAUGUAAACUUCCGACUUCAACUGUGCAUUUAGACCUGUUGUGACAAAUAUUGUGUUAUUUUAUGGCUGGUUGUGACAACUUCAUAAGUGUGUCAAAACCCACAACACCUCCCACACAAGGCAAAACAAUCCAUGUCACCAUGUCACCUGUCAACAGUAUGUUCAUGUUAUAUUUAUUUCUUAAUGACCAUUUUACAUUUUCACUGUAAUUGUGUACACAUUGAUGUCAGACAUGCACCUAACACAGUGCUCUAUUGCUUGUGACUGGGAUGAAUGCAGGAGUAGACUUCAGGAGCAGGACUGAUAUAAGGGUAUGUAUGUGACAGGCCUGUGUGGUUUAUAUGAUAAUGAUGGUCAACAUCCUUCUUGACAGUGUCAUAAAGUAUAUUUUCUUAGUCCAGGUGACACAAGAUGGUUAUAAUGCGUCAUGACAGUUUCAUAAAGUAUAUUUUCCGUUUAAAAACAUGACUGUAAAGAAUUCAUUACAACAACAAAUGAUUUAAGACACAAACUUUCAAAUGAAAGGAAACUUCUUGGCAGGGAAAAAAAUAUUUUGAAAACAUGUGGGUUUUCACACUCUUAUGGUGUCAUAACAUAAUGCAAUAUAUGUGUCAACAGGUGUAAAUUUAUGGGUCAUGACAGUGUAAAGACCAUGUUAUGACAAAUUAUGUCAGCUCUUAUGACAUAUUAUGACAUGGUUAUGACCGUGUCAUAAUGUGUUAUGAUACAGGGUGUCAAGUUAAGUGUUACUCUAAAGGGUUUUCACAUUAAAUUUAUCUUUGGUGAGUCAUGUUCAAUAAUGCAGGUAACACCCUGUUGUGUGUGUGUGUGUGUGUGUGUGUGUGUGCAUGUGUGCAUCUGUUUGUAGGUAUGGAUACGUGACAUCAUACAUUUACUGGUUUUUCUUUGCCCUCCUCACAGUAGAACUGACCACAAUACAGAGAAUCUGGAUGCAAAGGCAAAAUUAUCAAUGUCCUUGACUACCUGUAGUCCAUAACACCAAUUGUUGGUUUCCCAGACACAGACUAAGCCUACCACUGGUGUAAAAUAUGUAAAUUGUCCAUUGAACAUGCUUUUUAGUCCAGGAGUAGUGUCACGCCCUGACUUAGAGCUUUUUAUGUCUCUAUUUUGGUUUGGUCAGGAUGUGAUUUGGGUGGGCAUUCUAUCUUCUUUUUUUUUGUAUUUCUUUGUUUUGGCCGGGUAUGGUUCUCAAUCAGGGACAGCUGUCUAUCGUUGUCUCUGAUUGGGAACCAUACUUAGGUAGCUUUUCCCCACAGGGUUUUUGUGUGUGGUUAAUUUCUGUUUAGUACCUUUCAGGACUGUUUCAGUUAUUCCCUUUGUUAUAGUGUUCAGUUUUAAUAAUAAAAGCAUGAACACUUA